AUGAGCGGGCUGAAUGUCAAAAAGCUCAAAGUCAAUGAGCUGAAGGAAGAGCUCCAGCGGCGAGGCCUGGACACCCGCGGGCUGAAGGCGGAUCUGGCGGACCGAUUGCAGGCGGCGCUGAAGGCCGAGGCGGCGGGGUCUGCGCCAUCGGACGAGCAGGAUCAAGACUAUGAGGCUGGCGGGGAGCCGGGAGAGGGCAAUGAUUAUCAGGAGGAAGAUAACUGUGACCUGCACUUCAAGGUGGCUCGUGACAGAAACAGUGGUUACCCUCUGACCAUUGAGGGUUUUGCCUACCUGUGGGCAGGUGCUCGAGCCACUUACGGUGUUACCAAAGGACGUGUGUGCUUUGAAAUGAAGAUAAAUGAGGAAAUUUCAGUAAAGCACCUUCCUUCGUCUGAGCCUGACCCUCAUGUGGUGAGAAUCGGAUGGUCCCUGGAUUCUUGCAACACUCAACUCGGUGAAGAACCCUUCUCUUUUGGCUAUGGAGGAACUGGCAAGAAAUCCUCCAACUGUAAAUUUGAAGACUAUGGGGAAAAGUUCAGUGAAAAUGACAUCAUUGGCUGCUAUAUUGACUUUGAAAGCAGUGAGGAAGUAGAAAUGGCAUUCUCCAAGAAUGGCAAGGCGCUGGGCCCAUGUUUCCAUGUCUCUCGAGAGGAACUGGCCGACCGUGCUCUUUUCCCACAUGUAUUGGUGAAGAACUGUGCCGUGGAAUUCAACUUCGGACAGAGAGAGGAGCCCUUUUUCCCUCAGCCAGAGGGCUUCACCUUCAUUCAGGAUAUUCAUCUAGAGGAGCGAGUCAGAGGAACACUGGGACCUGCUACUAAAGCUGAUUGCGAGAUCCUGAUGAUGGUUGGUCUGCCUGGUAGUGGAAAAACCACCUGGGCCAUAAAACAUGCUGAAGAAAACCCUGACAAGAAGUACAACAUCCUGGGCACGAAUGCUAUCAUGGAGAAGAUGAAGGUCAUGGGACUUCGUCGUCAGCGCAACUAUGCCGGACGCUGGGACCUACUUAUUCAGCAGGCCACGCAGUGUCUCAACAGGCUCAUCCAGAUUGCUGCCCGCAAGAAGCGCAACUACAUCCUGGAUCAGACAAAUGUAUAUGGAUCAGCCCAGAGACGAAAAAUGCGUCCUUUUGAAGGUUUUCAACGCAAGGCUAUUGUAAUUUGUCCCACGGAUGAGGAUUUAAAAGAGCGAACGUUAAAGCGAACUGAUGAGGAAGGGAAGGAUGUUCCCGAUCAUGCUGUGUUAGAAAUGAAAGCAAAUUUUGUGCUGCCCGAAGUUGGCGAGUUCCUGGACGGGGUGACAUUCGUAGAGCUUCAGCAGGAAGAAGCCGACGCUCUCAUCAAGCAGUACAUCGAAGAAGGCCGUAAAGCUGGCCCUCCUCCAGAGAAGCGCUUUGAUAACCGCCAGGGUGGUUUCCGCGGCCGUAGUAACUUCCAGCGCUAUGACAGUCGUGGUGGACCUCAGGGUGGCAGAGGUGGCUACCAGAACCGGGGCAGCUCUGGAGGUGGAGGCUACCGAGGAGGAUACAACCGUGGAGGCUACAACCAGAAUCGCUGGGGAAAUAACCACAGGGAUGGAGGUUCUGGAGGCCGUGGUGGAUACAACCGUAAUCAGCAGUCUGGAGGCAGUUACAACCACAACCGCCAGGGCUCCUACAACAAGAGUGGCUCUGGAUCAUCUGGAGGCUACAACCAGUCACAGCCUCAGUCUUACAGUCAAGGCUACAACCAGGGCUACAACCAGAGCAACUACAACCAAGGGUACAACUACAGCAACUACAGUCAAUACCCAGGAUACAACCAGAGCUACAGUCAAACUCCAGCACCCGCAGCCCAGACCUACAACCAGCAGCAGCAGAGCUACAAUCAACAGUACCAGCAGUACGCUCAGCAGUGGCAGCAGUACUACCAGAACCAGAGCCAGUGGAACCAGUACUAUAACCAAUACGGCAGUUACGGCAACUAUAACCAGCAGGGCAGCCAAGGCAGCCAGGGCGCCCAGGGAACACAGUAGUAGCAUCGCAGCCGUUUCAGACGGCCCAUUCCCCUAAGCAGCAUUCCUCAUGCCUUUUUUGUGCUCCUUCUCUUACCCAGUCUUAUCCUUUUUUGCCUGCUCUCUGUAAACCUUUAUUCUCUCCCUAUUUAAGCCAACCUUAAAGGUAACCACAUUUCUGUGGCCCUCCAUUGCUCUGUUUGAGUUUUGGUGAGAAGUAUCCCUUUUUUGCUCUUCUACUAAAUAUUUGUUUACAUAAAGCUUGAUCUUUUUUUUCCCUCUGUGUACUUGUAGAUGAGAGGUUCGACAUUUGAUUUUAGUAAUGUGUGGUUUAGUCCGCUGCAAACAGCUCACACUGAUGUGCUUGAAUGUUUCAAAAUAGAGCAGGAGAAAUCUGAGGAAGCUUCGCACGCUUAGAUUUACAUCUGAUGUAUAGAGUGAAAGAGAGGCAAGGUGUUUCUGUGUUCCAAUAGUUUUACCACUGAUUUUAUUUUAUUUUUUAUCUUUUAAGAUUAAAGAACCACAUUUUGCGGUAGAUGGUUAUGGGUAUUGUUCUGUGUAUGAUCAUAUGCCUGUAUGUACACAUCAAUGUAAGACCAUGUAACACUUUUGUCUAGGUACAUCAUAUUGGAAAUUUUAAUAACCUAAAUCUUGAAUAACACUUUUCUGAUGUCUCAAGCCUGUGAAGGUUAUCAUUUUCCUUUUUAUAUACCAUUUUUCAAAUGACUCUGAUUGGUCUGAUGCACAUCUACUCCCAGAUUAGUAAUGAUCCAAACUAGUUCCUGUGUGGAUAUGUUUUUACCUUGUGUCUUGUCUGUAAAGCAGUAUCUGCAUAUGGUUUUGUGUCAAAUCAAAACACAUUAUUUUGUAUUUGAGAAUAUAAUCAGACGAACCA